UCGCUGCUUCUGUUUCUGUUUCGGUUUCGGUUUCUGUUGCUGCUUCUUCAGUACGUUUUGGUUACUCGCACGGCAAACAACGCGGCGCGCUUGCGUCUCAACAGUUGCUGCCAACUUGGAAAGUGUUUGAAAUUUCGUGGCCGAUCGUCGCGCAGUCGUAUGACGUCGUUCGCGGGCAAAAGGAAGUGUAAAUGACUCCAAGCAAUUAGAAGGUAAAGGCGAAGAGUGUGCAAAGUGUGAACUGCAAUAUUGAAGCUGAAGUUAAUAAACAAAACACAAUAAACAAAAGCAAAUUGCAUAUUGUGAAUAGCAAAAGCAAAAAAAUAAAAAAAUGCAUCGAAGCUGUUGGAACUGGAAGACGGCGACGACGCUGCUUGUAACGGUAGCGCUCCUGAUGGCGGUCGUAAGGUCAGAGGAAUGCGGCCAGGAGGAGUUCACCAAGUGCGCCGAACCACUUGAAAUGCUGCAUUUAACGUCGGAAUUUUCGAUUGGUGCUGCCAAAAAGGAUGAAUUGGAUAAACUUUGUCAUGAGCUGCGAAAGGGCGUGCGUUGCAUUCAGAGCUAUACACGUCGUUGCAUGGAUCUGCAGCAAAGGAACCAGUUUAAUAAGCUCUACCAUGGCACCAAUCAGUUUAUCAGGGAUCUUUGCAACAAGGGUGAAUUCCAGGAGGAGUAUCUGAAGCACGCACCCUGCUCGGAAAUGGCCAAAAAGGACUUUGAGGUUUGCGCCAAUCGCUACAAGGAGACGAUGGUCUUCCUGAAGCCCAACAAGAAUCAGGAGAACCAGGAAAAUGGAACACUCAAUGAGAAUAUUAAAACAAUUUGCUGUUCUAUUAAUGAGCUGGUGGAUUGCUCCGAGAAUGCAGCACGUAAGAUUUGUGGCAAUGAAGCGGCCAAGUUCACACGAGAAUUGGUCGACAAAUACGCCAACAGUUUAACCAAGAUCUAUUGCGAGGACUUUACACGACAUCCGGAAAUUUGUCGGGAUGGCGAAGGGGAUGGGGCCAGCAUGUUGAAGAUAAAUAGUCCGGGAAUAUUAUUAACAGUGUUGCUAUUGCUGCUGGUCAGAUAGAUGCACAGGGUUGCCACCAAAUAACCAAACAGCAAUGAAUCAGUUAAGUUUACUUUUGGAAUACGUUAUUGCAAUCUAUGCAAGAAGCCAACAUAAAUGAAAUUAACAAUAGUUAAGGUUUCUAAAGAACACACAGAGAUGAAGAGGGAUUUAACUCCCUCCUACAUCCCCUUCUCAAGAUAACACAAAAUUAUGACAAUUUCUUAGGCAUGUUAUUUGUUGCAUACUUUUGCGGGCUUGGUCUAGAUUAGACAUGGGGAUGAUUGAUAAGUUUAGUCUACUUACAAAGUAUACCUAGAUGUUAAGCGUGUUGAGUACUACAAUGCAUAUAGUCAUAUCCAUAUAAUUAUACACAUAUACAUAUACUUACAUACAUGUAUACAUAUAUACAUAUGUGUAACUGUACAGUUGCAGCAGGUUAAGCAAAAGUCGAAAGACUUUAUAGAUAUAGUUAGUGUCUGGAGAGGAGUAUGUUGAAUGUUUAUUUUGUAGCAUAGCGAAUGUUGUUAGUUUGUGGCACUUUCAACCAACAAAUAAUGAGUGCAAUAAAAUUAGUUUAUUGAGCUUACAGUGGUUCUUAGGCUUUAAUUUAAAUAUAUAUAUGUACUUAUGAUUUACUCAAAAUGCAAUUGCCUUUACUUCAGUUGUGUUAAACAGCCAGCAAAACUUUAAUAAUUUAUUUUAGCUAAUAUUUAAGCAGCUGGAUUACACACACACACACACACACACAAGCGCACAAGAUAAGAGCAAUAUGUCCUUAGAAAAAAAUUAAAAAUUGAUUGAGCAAACACAAUAAUACACAUAUCGGCAAUGAAUUUAAGUGCAUUUCUUAAAGAAUUUUGAUAAUUGUUUCUAAAAGGAAAUACUUAAUUAACGUAAAUUAUGUAUAACUACUCGUAUAUUUUUAGUCAGACUUUAUACUAAAGUUACAACUACGAGUAAUGCACUUAUUUAAAGACACCAAAAUGUAAAUAUGCUAAAAUGUAUUAAAGAUAAUAAAUACACAACAAAAGCAAAAACAAACAUAUUAAUAUUGCAUACAAAAAAUAUUACAAAUACCAAUAAAAACCUUAGUUUAACUUAUAAUAAAAACUGUGAAUACAUUAUGAUUAAAGAGCAACUUUUAAUUUAAGUAAAAAUUAUACACACUUAUACAAACACACA